CCAUCGUCACAUCAGACCAGAAGAAGCUUUUAUCCACCCACUUGAACAACUUCCUGUCAGAUACCACAAGUCCCAGCAGCCUCCAUUGAUCUGCACCUGACAUACGGGACAAUACGAGCGUUUCCUGCCCCGUAACCACACGAUACGUAGACAAGAUCCUGUCAGCAGAACAAUGGACGCCAAAGUCUUCAGCUCCUUCUUUAUAUCUGUUCUAUGGUUCUCAUUGGCGACUCCUGAGGAGAAAGAUUCCCCCUGGUUCCGGCUCUCGGGAUCGGGCAGGAGUUGCGGGGGAGCGGUGCAGGUGCGGGUGGAGGACUCCUGGCUGCCCUUGUGUCAGACGUCUCUUGUCGGGGACCUUCCUGCUCGUAUAUGCAGAAUACAGAAUUGUGGGAAACCAACUCCCCCCCUGAGCGCUCAAGGACCCAACGUCUCCGCUCCAUUCCUGACCAUGACAUGUGACCCAGCAGAAGAUCUAAGGACCUGCAACGUCUCCAAGGUCCUGGAGGAGGAGGCGUGUCCUGGAGCCGCUGUCCUAAACUGCUCAGAACAACCAGUCUUACGCCUCACGGGUUCUAGUGGUCACUGUGCGGGUCGUGUGGAGAUCUUCAUGGAUGGAGUCUGGGGCUCGGUGUGUCAUGAUGGCUGGGACGCCCUGGAUGCAGAGGUCACAUGUCGUCAGCUGAAGUGUGGCUCCGCUUUAUCAGCAUUGAGAGGAUCUCACUUUGGAAGUGGACCCCCGCGGAUCCAUCAAAAUGGAGCAGUGUGCAGAGGAACUGAAAACUUUCUAUGGGAAUGUAAAGAGAUUGGAAAACGAGAGUGUUCACCAGGAGAACAUGCCGGGGUCAUCUGUACAGAAUAUCGCAAAGUGCGACUCUCUGGAGGAUCAAACAACUGCUCGGGUCGCGUGGAGGUUUAUCUCCAUGGAGUGUGGGCCACCAUCUGCAAUAACCACUGGUUUCAUGAAGAUUCUAAUAUGCUUUGUAACUAUCUUGGAUGUGGAUCCUUCCAGAAUGAGACAAAACAUGAGCAUUCCCCUAGUAUGUAUGUGUCUGCCAUGUGCCCUAAAUCAGCAGAGACCCCCUGGGACUGUGCGAUGUUCAAGAAAAGAGAUCACAUGUGUCUUCAUUCCAAAGCUGUCGGGCUCAUAUGUCAAGCAGGAGCCACUGAUGACACGAGAGUCACUGAUCCCGGGAUGAUUGGCUUCACCAACGACACCGCCCCAGGGUUCCCCAUGGUCCAUGUGUCCUCACAGUAUUUGGUCCUCGCCUGCGCAGCCCUUUUAUCGCUCCUUCUGGCCUCCAUUGUCAUUUCUGCAGUGAUCAUCUUGAGAUUACAGAAGAAAAUCUCCAUACAAAAUGUGUCACUUCCCAAGAGCAAUGAACGCUGGAACGCCAGAGAGAGCAAGCAGCCAGUCCCGGCAGCCAUCCCCCUGGUCCCCACCAUCACCACCACACUGGAGUACGAGGAGGAUUAUGGGUUCAGCAGCGCCCCCCCGAUGCCUCUGGUGACAUUUCAGGCAGAAAAAGAGACUGAAGGAUCAACAACAAGCGGACAUUAUACCAAGAAACGGAUCAGGAGGCUACGGUCAGCCUCAAACAGGUCAUCUAGCACAUCUUCUGAGGAGGAGAACUGGUAUCAGAAUUACAGACAUCAUGCAGGUGAUCAGAAUUUUCUGUGCCCACCACAACCGUAUGAAGGAUCCUCUGAAUAUGAUGAUGUCAGUUCCAUUGCUUCUGAUUGAUAUAACGUGCGGAUGACUCCUCUGCAGACACGGCUCAUGGUUCUCUGACAUCUUCUCUCCAGGAUGACUCCUCUGCAGACACGGCUCAUGGUUCUCCAACAUCUUCUCUCC